AGGUAUGGCCUGGAUUUGAUUUGGACGUAGCUGGUGAUGGCAGAAGGGACUGACACUUGCGAAAUGCCCUCCUUUGAUCCAAGUCCAAGCUCUGAAGCACUAAAGAGAACUUCUUCAUCUGAUGGCAGAGACGAGCCCAUGAGGAAAAUGCCUUUGACAAAAUAUGGUUCCAGACCGCGAUUUGAGCCUGUGCACUUUGUCAGUGGCGGAAGCUGCGGAGGAACUUCCACUGAUGAGAAGGAGAACGACAAAGAGCGCAGAAGGACUGAGUCAUAUGGAGCGGGGAAAUGGGAUUCCCAGCACUCCUCCUACGGCACCAGCAGCAAAGCGCAGGGCUUCUCCUCCCUUAGGCCUCCUUUUGACAGAGUGCCGUCACACACAUUUGACUCCUGGGGAUCUCACAGAGACAGAGAGAUUUCUUCGGGUAGCACCAGUGGACUAGGGCACGGGGACCGUGGGUCAGCCUCCAACUUUAUGGAGAAAACGCAGCAGAACUACUCGUCCAAGUACGAAGCCCACAGCACCUCGCACACUUCAGACUCGUAUAGUCAGUCCCAGAGAUAUAAUGGAUACGGGUCUGGGAGCAGGUCCUCGGGCAGGGAUUCGGGACGUCAGGGUUAUGGGUACGGUCAUCAGGACAGGCCGUCAUCAAGCCGGCCGUUCAGCAGAGUCUACCACAGUCCAGGCAGGAACAGCCCAAAGGGGUCUCAGUCGGGGUCCUCGCAGCCGGUUCCGAUAUCUCAGUCGACGUUAGAUGAGAAGCAAAUGCUGAUAACCAGCGUUUCCAACGCCCUGGCUGUUAACUUCAGGGACCCCGUGUUGAUGACGGGAAGUGACUCUCCAAACUACAAUUUCAUGUUGAGCCGCAGCAUCCAGGCCUGCAAAACCAACCCCGAGUAUAUUUAUGUCAACCUGAAGGACAUCCCUCAGGCCGACCUGCCAAAGAACAGGAAGAUCCCCGCAGACGGCUACGCCUGCGAGCUGAGGUGUCAGAGUGUGUAUCUGGCCACCGGGUACUCCGGCAGCAAAAACGGCGCGAGGGACCGGGCCUCCGAGCAGGCGGUGAAACUCUUCCUCAAGCAGGUGGAGGUCCGCGUGGUGCAGCGUAAAUACCGGCACACCAUGGUCCACGACAUGGUCGUGUGCCAGAUGCACAGCCCAACACCGGCCUUCCUGCCCGCCCUCCGAAACCCGGAAGACAAGCCGACGCCCAGCUCGAAGGGCCAGUACGAGCCGGACAGGCACAAGCACUGGACCGAGUUCGUGGUCAUGGACAACGCUCACGACGCCAUCUGCAUCCUGAACAACUCGGCCGCCUUCAACCGCAUGAAGGUAGACUAUAAGUUCGACCCCCAGCCCAACAACAGCUCCUGGCUGUGCAGCGUUUACCUGCAGGACGAGCUGGUGGCGCAGGCUUCGGGCUCCAAGAAGAGCUCCAAACACGCGGCGGCGGAGGAGGCGGUGAGAAAGCUCCGCAUGAACCAGGCCCGGCGGCAGCAGCAGCCGCCGCCACCAACACCGCAACCGCACAGGAGCUUCAGAGGAAACGCCCAGUGUGAGUCCAGCAGAAGUUUCGGGCUGCCGGCCGGGAGAAAGAAGCAUCUGAGCGAGCUGGUGAUCCUGGAGAACUCCGACAACGCCAUCUGCAUCAUCAACGACACGGCGCAGUUUAACAAGGUGACCGCCGACUACAAGUUCUCCGUUCAGCCCGACCAUCGCUGGAGGUGCGAGGUCUACCUGGAAGGUCAGUACGUCGCAGCAGGGGUCGGCCCAAAGAAAAUAGUCAAGCACAUUGCAGCCAAGGAGGCUUUGGCCACGCUCAGACAGACGCAGGCCGUUGUGAAGUCCAAUCUGAGGAAGGACGGGCACUGCGACGCCAUAUCCCGCUCCCAGAUUCUGGCCCGCUCGGGCGAGGAGGCCAACCGGAUGGAGAUCAAGGAGGACAACAUCGGAAACCAGCUCCUCCGGAAGAUGGGCUGGAAAGGAGGCGGCCUGGGCCGGGACGGGGACGGCAUCUCCGAGCCCAUCAAGGUGAAGGAGCAGUUCUCCAGAGAGGGUUUGGGCAUGGACACGUUGAAAUCGGGAAAUCAGCUCAGCAAGCGCGACAUCGAGAACAUCAUCCGGAACUAUGCCAGCUCAGACCGCCAGGACGACCUCCGGUUCGCCACCGACCUCAACAACGACGAGCGCAAGCAGGUUCAUCAGAUCGCUCAGAAAUACGGCCUGCGGAGCAAGUCGUACGGACAAGGGUGGCAGCGGUUCCUCAUUGUCAGUCGGAAGGUACACAAAGACCAGCUCAUUGACCAGCUCCUACAGGAGGGGCAGGUGGGCCGAUACGAGCUGGUCAAACCUCAGGCCUUUCACUAA